GCACUGCGGCCCGGGCAAAAUCGCAUUCUGAGUGGACUGAAACCAAUCCCAAUCCCGGCUGUGCUGUCCGUGUCUGUUCAGCUCCUCUACUACAAUGUCUAAAUCCAAGUUUCAAACGGAAUGGGAGGAACUUGAUGAAGAAUAUCAACAAUUACAGGAAACACACAAAAUAUACAGACAGAAACUCGAGGAACUCACCAGUCUUCAGACUUCAUGCAGUAAUGCAAUAAACAAACAGAGAAAGUGUCUAAAGGAUAUAAAAUACAAUUUAAAAAGGUCCGCUCAAACUUCUGAUGAGAAGGACCUAAGGAUCCUAACCGAGAUUCAAACCCAAAUCAAAGACCGAGAAAAUGUGUUUUUUGAUAUGGAAGCAUACUUGCCAAAGAAAAAUGGCCUGUACCUAAAUUUGGUUCUAGGGAAUGUAAAUGUUACGCUUCUCAGUAAUCAGGCAAAAUUUGCUUAUAAAGAUGAGUAUGAGAAAUUCAAGCUUUAUCUCACAAUAAUUCUACUGUUUGGAGCCAUAACAUGCCUAUUUUUCUUAAAUUAUCGUGUUACUGAUGAAAUCUUCAACUUUUUACUUGUAUGGUACUACUGCACUUUGACCAUAAGGGAAAGCAUUCUCAUGAGUAAUGGCUCUAGGAUAAAAGGGUGGUGGGUCUCUCACCAUUAUGUCUCCACUUUUCUCUCAGGUGUCAUGCUUACUUGGCCAGAGGGAUCAAUGUAUCAAAUGUUCAGAAGCCAGUUUCUAGCAUUCUCUAUUUAUCAAAGCUUUUUACAGUUCUUGCAGUAUUAUUACCAGAGUGGCUGCUUAUACAGACUUCGGGCUCUUGGGGAGAGAAAUCAAUUGGAUCUCACAGUGGAGGGAUUCCAGUCCUGGAUGUGGAGAGGCCUUACUUUUCUCUUACCAUUCCUCUUCUUUGGCCACUUUUGGCAGCUCUACAACUCUGUGACCUUGUUUCGCUUGGCACAACAUGAGGACUGUAAAGAGUGGCAGGUUUUUAUGCUGGCAUUGACAUUUCUAGUCCUGUUCCUGGGAAACUUCCUCACCACCCUAAAAGUUGUUCACCAAAAAAUACAGAAAUCUCCUGAGGAGGUGAAGAAAAAUGACUGAGGAUAAACUCAGCCCUUCUUUCAAGACAAGUAACUUUGAAUCAAGAAUGCACAAUCACUUCACAGUAUGAUUUCAUCUGGAGACUGAUUGAAGCCAGUAGUUUGACUCCAGUUUGAUGAUGGCUGCAGCGUCAAGCCAAAGUUACUGUCCAGCAGCUUUUAUUUUUGAAUAAAUAUUGGUAUUGCACUGUCAAUCACUAAAAAAUGCCCCCCAGGUAGCUGAACUGAAGGAAAAGAAUGUGGUUCAAUGCAUAAUUAUCUAUAAAUGGUAUGCAUCUAAACAAGCUCACAGAAAAUGAAUUGCCUUCGAUUACCCAAUUCUGUUGUAAUACUUUUGUCAAGUGCUAAAACUCAAGCAUUGCUUAGCACCAUCAGGGAAACUGACUGAGAGUGACUCCUUCCUUUUUAAUUUCAUUAUUCUCUCUGCUGAACAAUAUUUACACUUUUGAAUUUUGGGGGGAAAUUGUUAUAGGCACUGACUGACAUAAAUGCUGAAGCCUAUGUGUGGCUAACUGGGUACAUAGGUGUCAUUGUUAGAAAUGCAUUGUAAUCUGCACAAUUGUGUGAAAUUGAUUCCUGAUGAAACUUGAAUCUACAUCAGUUGUUUUUGGUACUGUAUGGGAUUAUUCUUUCACUGAAGCAAGUAUGUACCAUUCUUACUUGUAUGACAUUUUGCAAUGAUAUGAAUUUGAAUGCCAUCAUUGGAAGUUUUGUUAUAGGAUCCUGGAAUUGUUCACUGCACAUUCAUAAAACUGCUAUUACUAGUUGCAGCUAAUUAUCAAAAUAUUCUGAGAUGCAUUGCCUUAAGGUGACAUUAAAGAAACAGACGCAUAGCUGUAGAUUUAUUAUUAAG